UGGAGUCGCGCACUUAAACCAGCACAGACCGUUAAACCCGAUGCCAACAACAUCAGGUUUCCUGCCACAAAAUCAAUUAACCCUCGAUUUUUCUUCCUGGAUUGGGGCAACAAAUAUAUACGUCUAUUUCUUUCUUUUUUUAUGAAGAAUGGGCUGCGCAAUAUCAGGUCUGGCAGCAAAAGCAGAGUUUGGAGAGACGACUACAGAAGAUGCUGCUGCUGCUGCUGCUGCUGCGUCUCCCAGCGAGGAUCAGAUUCAGAUGAUCAAGGAGUCUUGGAAAGUUAUCCGGGAUGAUAUAGCCAAAGUUGGGAUUAUUAUGUUUGUCAGGUUGUUUGAGACCCAUCCCGAAUGCAAGGAUGUCUUCUUCCUGUUCCGAGGCGUGGAGGACCUGGAGAGGUUGCGGACCAGCCGGGAGCUCAGGGCACACGGACUACGGGUGAUGUCUUUUAUCGAGAAAAGCGUGGCAAGACUGGACCAGCUGGAGAGACUGGAAGCUCUGGCUCUGGAGCUGGGGAAAAGCCAUUAUCACUACAACGCCCCACCCAAGUACUACAGUUACGUCGGAGCUGAAUUCAUCUGUGCCGUGCGGCCCAUCCUGAAGGAGAACUGGACGUCUGAGCUGGAGGAGGCAUGGAAGACCUUGUUCCAGUUUGUGACCGGCCUAAUGAAGCGGGGAUACGAGGAGGAGAGCAACCGACGCCACCUAGCAACCUCGCCGAAGGAAAGACCAGACAAGAGGAACACGGCGCUAUGAGAAGCUUCUUCUCUCAACCAGACUGUUUCUACCAGUACAGCUCAGAAAUGUGUUCAUGUAUAUAGUGUAUUUACUGUCUCCUUUUCUACAGUGCUCAUGUUUAUCGCAGUCAUUGUUUGCACAAUGAAAGAAAACGAAAAAAAAAACUUGCAGUGACUUUCAACAACGCACUUUAUUUCUGAACUUCGAUCCUGCUGCAGUCCUCUUCCAUGAGGACCUGGGAGCACGAAGAGACAUUACAAAAGGCUGAUAAAAUAUACCGGCUGCAGUUAAACCUGCCUUGUAAUAGUGAUUAACAGAAAUUACAUUAGAAUUACAGCCAAAUGUCUCUGUAUUCAUAACUCAAACAUGCCUUUCAGUAAAAUAUUACUUUUAGCAUAUUGUGUCAUGUCAUCAUUCAGAAAUCUUAUUCAUUUUCAAGUAACCACAUUAACUGAAGAUACACAUUUUAACAAUUUAAAGAUGGCCAGUCUGACAGCUUGGUAUGAAACUGUGGUUCAAAACAAAUUAUCUUCAUUGUACUUCAGGAU